ACGGUUCAUUGGUGACAAGAGGACGAUGUACGGCAACAUCGAGUCCGGGCAGGAGUGGGGGACAGGAGGACCCUGUGGGGACAAGGCCUGCAGCGACCUGCACCCCAUGGAGGAGAACCCCUACGAACCUUUGGACCCCCCCAUCACUGCUCCGAGCCGGAAGCACUCACCUGACCCCCCAGUGUCCCCAGUGAGGCAGGGCUGCCCCCAGGACAGGCUGCUGCUGGUGGGGGCUGUGGCCCUGGGGCUCUCGGUGCUGCUCAACGUCUUCCUCCUCUCCCUCGGGACGAGGCGGAUCGCAGCGCUGACCGCAGCCCUGCAGGACGCGGAGAAGCUGCAGCCCAACCCCGGCAUGGCGUCCCGCUCCUUCCUGCUGUACAACAGAGCUCACGACAUGUGCGUGGAAGCCCGCGGGCGGCAGCUGACCGCCUCUCCGUGCCUUCCCGAAUCGGCGGCCCAACGCUUCCAGUGGCUGCCGGGGAUGCGGCUCUGGAACGCGGAGAGGCGGCUGUGCGUCACGGCGGCGGCGGGGCAGAAUUUAUCCGUCGUGAUGCUGCAGCCCUGCAGGGAGGACGGAAGGUUGCAGCGGUGGGAGUGCGGAGGAGGGGGGCUGCUGGCUCUGGCCGGGCAGCGGCUCUACUUCAACUACGGCAACAACGCGAGGCAGACGGUGAUGCUCUACGUGGGGGACCGCGAGUGGAGCCGAUGGGUCGCGCACGGGAGCGGCGAGGAGCUGUGCGCGCGCUCCUGUUGCCCCGUUUGCCCCCAGGGUUGGACGUAUUUUGGGGGGUCCUGUUAUUUCUACUCCAGCACAACCGAGACGUGGGACGGCGCGUGGGGCUUCUGCUCAGCGCAUGGGGCAGAGCUGCUGGAGGUGGACGGCGACGAGGAGAAGGCUCACCUCCAAAGCGCGCUGCUCGGCUCCUCGUGGCUCGGAAUCAGAGACGAAGAGCUGGAGCGCACCUGGAAACGAGCGAACGGCUCCGUCGUGACCCGGACCCAGGGCCGGCGGCACCCGAACGAAGCGGACGGGGGGCGGCAGCAGAAGUGCGCGGCGCUGCGGCCGGACGGGACGCGCUUCGAGUGGCCGUGCGACAGCGCGCUGCCCUGGGUGUGCGAGGGGCGGCCCUGGGCGUGCGAGGGGCGGCCGUGACGACGCCGGGUUUCGGGGGGGGCAGCGGAGGGGAACCACGAAAAGCCUCCCGCCAUUCGCCUCCGCUGGGCGCCGUGCGAAGCGCGGAGCUGCGGGGUGAGGAUCCGACCCGUGUGCGUCCGCUAUGGGGGGAAGCGGCGAGCGAAAGUCGGGGUCAGCGGGGGGAAUAAAAUGCGAGCAGAGCCAGA